AUGCCCGAACGCCUCACCGGUUUUCUUCUUCGUCUUCUUCGUCUUCUUUUGUCUUUCCCACAUUGUGAAAUCCAUGAGCAAAUUUCGGAGCUGAUGGUGUCGACGACGUUGAUUGGGCAAAAGUGGAAAGUCAUCGCUGAAUCGUCAUCCGCAACGUGGUCACCCUGUUUGACCAGGCGGAAUGUGGGCGUGUCUCAUUUUGAGGUGAUUCGGAAUUCCACCUACUCCGCCAAACCGUCAGCAUCAAUUAACCUAGUGGAUCUCUUUCACAAUGUAACAUCUUUAACCAGUGUUUCAUAUGGUGAUCUCGCAGAAUUGCCUCGAAGCUUCUGGGAGAAGGUGAAGUAUCCAGACGUGUACCACACGUACCCGCAAGAUGUUCCAAUGAAGCAAAUUGUCAAGGACAUCAAAGCAGGUCUUCCUGUCUCCGAUGUAGGCUAA